AGAUGGAGGAGGGCAAUGCGAAUAGAGGCGGAAGGGGUCAGAACAAACGCUAUUAGACUCCGGAAGAAGAUAAAGCUCUCAUUGUUGCUUUCUAUGAAAUGGCUACUGAUAGUCAUUGGAAGUGUGAGAAUGGUUUCAGAAAUGGAUAUAUGUCCAAAUGGGAAGAGCUGAUAAGCAAGGCCAUUCCUGGAUGUGGGUUGAAAGCUACUCCUCACAUUGAUUCGAGGUUGAAAAUACUUGUUAAAAAGUAUAGAGCUAUAAUGCAAAUGUUGGGAACGAGUGGAUUCAAAUGGGAUGAUGAAAAGCAUACAAUUGCUUUUGAAAAAUCAGUGUAUGAUGAGUAUUGUAAGAUUCAUCCAAAUUGUAGGAAUUUGUAUGGUGUCCCAUUCCCUUACCUGAAUGAAAUGGAGAGUAUUUAUGGGAAGGAUUAUGCUACUGGAAAGUCUACCGAGGGCUUUGUUGGAACCGUUGAGAUGAGGAUGUUGCUGCUGAUGGAUCUUCUGCCCCUCCUUUAAAGAAGGUGAAAAUAGAGUGAAACAUGAAAAGAGGAAGAAAGAGUGUUGAUACCG